CACAGCCCCGUCGCUUUAUCUUUCCCCCACCCACCCAACUUUCUCGUCGCCUUCCCUUGAUCGUCUUCUUCCUCUUCCUCAAUAAUUUCCCGAAAGAGACUCUGGAGGAAUCUCUCUUCCCGUAAAAUUCUUAUCUUUCUCCAUAAAUAGUGGGUUCUGGGGGGAAAGAGUUUGUGAUGGUAGAUAGCUACAAUAAUAUCCCAUGGCUCAUAUGGAUCCAAAUGUUCGUCUUCUUCCUCCUCUUACUCCUCCUCUGUGUCUUCGGAAUAAUAUCUUCAGAUAUCAUCGAUAGCAGUUGCUUGUCUUCUGAUUCCGUUCCUUCUACCUCCUGCUCAUCUCUCUCUCGGCGAUUUCUUCCUGGAGAUCCGAUUCAGAUCAGCCACCACGGCUUGGGGUUUUCCGUCAAUUCGAGUCUCGUACAGUCUAAUCAGAUGGGAAGUUCUCAGGUCAUAAAAGGAGAGAUUACACCAGCGGAAACAAGGAUGGUCACAAGUUCAGGGGAAGAAGAAUGUUUGCCGGAGAAAGAUUCGAGUCAUAAUUUUUUGCUUCAUCCUUGUAAUUUGUUUCAGCUUGCUGGAACUGCGUUUCUAAAGUGUUUCGGGAUUGAUCGGAGUACUGAAGAAACCGAUGAGUCUCUGAGACCAGAAUCUAAGAAACAGAGAUGAUUAAAAUUCUUUGUGAAUAGGAGAAAGAACAUAUACUCACGCGUUUUUUUUUUUAAUAUGUGUUGAUGUGUAGAGAUUGAAGAAACUUGUAAGUAUAUGAAAAAAGUCAAAUGUUGGGGACUUGGGGUAACACGAACGAGUCACAACUCAACGAAUUCGUAUUCUUACUCGUAAAAAAACGAUGUUUUUUACUAUUGUAGAGUUUUAAAAUUCUGUUGAUUUCAGUGACGCAUUUGAAAGAUUAUGGCUGCAAGUCAAAUUAACAUAUUUUACGGAAAAGUAUAGUAAAAGAG